UCCGAGUGUUUGUAUACAUUUGCAUUGAUUUUGUUGACUUUGGGCGCAGCAUGGCAGAGAAACUGUCAGAAAAUCCUAAAAAGGGCAUUUUGAAGGCCUCUGGACAUUACGAAGAUCCCGCUAACAAGCCCGAGGAUGGCAUCAAGUGGGACGAGAUGAACAUAUUGGCCACCUUCCACCCGGAGGGGAAGGACUACGGCCAUAUGAAAGUGGACGAGCCGGACACGCCCUACAACAAGUACACAGAUCCGGACGAGGAUGACAUUGACGCUGACCCUCAGAGCGAGACUGAAGACGAUAAGGUCCUGGACUCCGGAACACUUGCUGACAGACUAGAGAUGGACACGGAAGACAGGAGGUGGUGGGACAAAGAGCCUGGGGAAGAGGACGAGAGUGACGAAGAGGAUGAAGAUCUGAUGUCGCCAGAGGCCCAAGAUCGGAAGCGCAAGUUUGAGCUCCACCGCAAGCAGCACUACGACGAGGCCUCCAAGUUGAAGCUGGCCAAGCAGCUCAUAGAGCAGGACGAGGAGGAGCUGAGACGUCUGGAGGAGGAAGAAGAGGAAGAGCAGCGGAGGGGGGAGGCAGAGGAGCAGCGAUUCGAGGAGCAGACGACCCAAGAGAGUAAAGACGACGCGCACUCGUCAGAAGUCAAUCGUUGACUUUCUUCCCCGUCCAUAUUUGUUCCCCUCCUCGGUAUUGCAGGGAGGCAACUUACCGGUAACCCUGUACAUACCGUAUGACCCGGAUCCAGUGUCAUAAAACUAGUCAGUUCCAGUUGGUCUGAUUGGGAGUGUGUGAUCUCACCCAUACGCCAUUCAUUGCCCAAAAAGCAGCCUUGAUAUUAAUCACAGGCCUGAGUAUCACUGUUUAGCUGCAUUCCUCAGCGCCAAUGUCCAGUAUAAUCAUACUUCUUGUUCCCGCUCAAGCCUGGACGGCACAUGGACCACACUCCUGUGUGUCUGUGAAAUUGGGUCUACCGCACUGAAUAUUUACCACUUUAGUGCCAGCACAGUAGCACUUACCGGGACUGCCAAGAAUUUUCCCUGUAGUAUUUAAGAAUUGUUGCCAAAUACUACUCAUGUAUUGCAAUCUAGAAUACAUCCUUUGAGUGCAUUUUUUUCCAAGUAGCUAUAUACAGAUUUUUACAAGCAUACAUGUGCAGUGUAUUGUACACGAUGUGUUCUGGGAAAUUUGUGGAUAUUGAGAAUUUCGUGGAAUGUUGAGAUUGUUGUUCAACUUUACAAACCACUAUUGAUACAAGCAAAGGAUAUUGAAACGCAGUGUAGCUAGUACCUAAAUUUAACUAGGAUUUGUCAAACCUCGAGAUAAACAAUAUUCAAAGCUGGUACAUACGGUCAGCAUGAUUAGACAGGCAGCUGCCAUUUGUCACUGGAAUAGAGCCCAAGUUUAAAUAACAUUCAUAUUCAUGAUUGUGUAUACAUAUUCAUGAAAUGACAUUCAUAUUUAUCUUUUGUAUUCAUGAAUGACAUUUAUCCUCAUGAAUAUGUAUUUUCACACUGCUCAGUGCCAAAUUUUACAUGUGCAGGGAAUCAUGCAAAGAUACGUACUACUGAUCUUCCUGCACAAGAUUUUCCCUUUUGCAAAUAUGUACAAUGUAAUUGCUCCAAUACUUUUGUCCAGCCAUCACAUUUCCAAAAGCUCUGAGAAGGGUAAUUCCAGAAAUUAAGGGUCCAAAAGUGUUACAGUUUCAUGUCCCAGUUACAUUCGAUGUUUGCUAUUUGACAUGGAAAUAUCACCGGAUUUGAUUUCAAACUAUUACUAUUUGUUUGGCAGGUAAUUUGCAUUAAA